ACAUCCGGGCUUUUCCCUCUAAAAUCCAGUAUGGCGGGCGACGUGUAGUCCAAAAGUGAAUAAUUACCGUCAAAAGACACGAGAAAUUUUCUAUAUUCUACUGUUAAUGCUACAUUAGACAUUUCUUGGGGACUACUCAUGUAACUCGACUAUCAGAAAAUGCAGAAUGGUGGGCAAAAGAAGGUCGCAGUCGUCCGAAAAGAUGGGAAAAUUAGCGAGAGUCCGAAGGCAGCCGUGACUGCGUUGGAGAGGUUGGACAAGGCGCAGCUGCUUGCGUUCCAGGCUCAAGACUUAAUUUCCGAUUUGUCUGGAAGUGAAGAAGGAGAAGUGUCAGAAGUUGAAUCUUUCAUACUGGAUCCAGACGAGUUACAGUUUGACAGUUCGGGCAACCCGGACCUCAGGGCCGUGGACCCAGAUACCCUCGAAGCUCUCUUAGAAGCUGCGGCAGGGAUAGACAAGCUGACCACCGCCGAUGGCAAAGCGUUCACCGACCCUGAGAUCUUGGGCAAGUUAACAUCCUCGGUCAGCUCGGCCUUGGACGAGGCGGAGGCUGCCCUCUACCGGAUGCGGUCAGAGAGUGGAGGCAAUCAGGCAAACCAGGGGGCUGAUGGCCAAGCCUAUGCCGACGCUGAAGAUGACCCAGCAGCCCUUAAGAGCAUCAAUGAAACCACGGAAGAAGGCGAGAGUCUCCUGUCACUUGCCUGCUCUGGAGGUUACUUUGAGCUAGCCCAGGUUUUACUGAAGAUGAAUGCGAAUGUGGAGGAUCGAGGCAGCAAGGGAGACUGCACACCCUUAAUGGAGGCAGCCAGUGCUGGUCAUGUGGACAUCGUUAAGCUGCUGAUAGAUUAUGGAGCUGAUGUCAAUGCUCAGUCAUCAGCAGGUAACACCCCCUUGAUGUAUGCAUGCAGCGGUGGCCAUGAGGAGGCUGUCAAGGUUCUCUUAGACCAUGAAGCCAACAUUGAAGACCACAAUGAGAACGGUCACACCCCACUCAUGGAGGCAGCGAGCAGCGGUCACGUGGGCAUUGCUAAGGUUCUGCUGGAGCGAGGAGCUGGAAUUAACACCCACUCUAAUGAGUUCAAGGAGAGUGCACUGACACUUGCCUGCUACAAAGGUCAUCUUGAGAUGGUUCAGUUCUUGUUGGAGGCCGGUGCGGAUCAUGAACAUAAGACUGACGAGAUGCAUACCGCCCUCAUGGAGGCAUCCAUGGAUGGUCACGUUGAGGUGGCACGUCUCUUGUUGGACCAUGGUGCUCAGGUGAACAUGCCAGCAGAUAGCUUUGAGUCACCUUUGACCUUAGCAGCCUGCGGGGGUCACACCAAGCUUGCUGACCUCUUGAUAGAACGAGGUGCCAACAUUGAGGAGGUGAAUGAUGAGGGUUACACGCCACUCAUGGAAGCAGCAAGGGAAGGACAUGAAGAGAUGGUAGCACUACUCAUGGCGCAAGAUGCCAACAUCAAUGCUCAAACCGAGGAGACCCAAGAGACAGCGCUGACCCUAGCCUGCUGUGGUGGAUUCCUAGACGUGGCUAAAUUCCUGAUUGACGUGGGAGCCGAUAUCGAGCUGGGCUGCUCCACUCCACUCAUGGAAGCAGCACAAGAAGGACACGUGGAGCUGGUCAAAUUCCUACUCAGUAAAAAUGCCAACGUGCGUGCUGUCACAGCUACCGGAGACACGGCUCUGACUUACGCCUGUGAGAACGGCCACACUGACGUCGCUGAUGUACUACUAGCUGCCUGGGCAGACCUGGAGCAUGAAUCGGAAGGUGGUCGCACCCCGCUCAUGAAGGCUGCCAGGGCUGGUCACUUAUGCACUGUGCAGUACCUCAUUACCAAAGGUGCGGAGGUCAAUCGUGCAACAUCAAACAACGACCACACGGUGCUGUCAUUAGCCUGCGCCGGGGGCCAUCUCAGCGUGGUGGAACUCCUGCUGGAACAUGCUGCCAAUCCAUCCCAUAAACUCAAGGAUAACUCCACCUGUUUGAUUGAGGCGGCCAAAGGAGGUCACUCUGGGGUCAUGUCACUCAUCCUCAACUAUCCAAACAACUUAGUGACCACACCCGUACCCCUAGAGGGCACAGUCACGCCCCCUACGCCCGAGCUGGGGGAGGUAUCCCGGGUGCCAACCCAAGCCCUACCAACAGUGGUACCUCCUCAGAAACCUGACGAGCAUCCCGAUGAGACGCAGUUGCCUCUGAACCAGGGUUCCCUGCUGCUGGCUCAAGCAAUGGCUGAGCCUUUGGUAAACCGAGAUCCAACACACCAAAGAAUUCCAAGCACCGCUUCCCUGACUGAGGAGCCGGGGGCAGAUGCUGUCCCUGUCUCUACCACCGCUCCAUCUCUAGUCUCCCCACUGGGGCUUGGUAAGCCCCACCCUGACGUCCAGAUUGCCAAAGAGCAGCUGCUUGAGAAGCAGAAGCAGUUUCGGGAGCUGCAGAAGAUCGAGUGGGAUUUCAUCCAGAAGGAUUCGGUGGUAGAAGCGGAAUUGGAAUCCACCGAUGGAGAAUCCGCUACCAAUCGAGUCCCUAGCCCCAGCGACGCUCCAUCCAGUGAUGUCGCCUCACGUCUAGCAGCAGAAGCCAACAAUAACAAGUCUCCCAAAGGGGUUCGCGAAGCAACUCCAGGCUCCCCGAAUGCAGAUGUCUUAGCCACAGAUAUUGACGACUCGGCCUUGGAUCUACGGGAGAUCAAAAUCAACCAGUUCAACAAGGAAGCACUUGCGCUAAGUCCCGACCUCCCCGAGCAGAGACUAUCCGCCCAGGGCAUGGAAGCUGAAUCCCAAACUCCAACUCCAGAUCUCCCUGCUGCAAGUCACUCCUCUGUAUCUCCCCUUUUCAGCUUGGAAGAUCUCGGUUUAUCAAGAGAUCCCCAAGAUGGCCACUCUCCUAAACUAGAAGCCUUGGCCAACCGGCAAUCUCCAACUAACCACCAAACCGCGGCUCCUCUGACUAAAGAUGCAAGCAGCCAGAUGGCCCCACUUACCCCAGCCUCCCUACCGGACGUCCAGAGUCUUCUACCCACAGGGGAGGAUCUCUCCUUCAUCUCUGUCACUGAAUGUGUCACAGGGUCCACUACAGGUGUUGACAGACUUGCUGACAUCUCGUCACAAGAGAGGGAGAGUGGAGUUGGAGAAGAGGCACAGAAUGGUUUGAUGGUGGCAUCAUCGGUGUGUGCUGUGGCUGAGACUAUUGAUGCUCAAGCACGCCCAGAGUUACCUCCCAAGCCCUGGAAGGCACCUCCCCAGACCCAAUCUGUGGGCACCCAGUGUGGUUCCUCCCUCACCUGUCGCGUGACCCCUCCACUCACCCUCAGCACCUCCACUGCCUUCCCUACACCGGACCCUGUCCAUCAUCCCUCCCCGUCCUCCCCUAACAUCCUCUACGUGCCGCAGUUCACCCCUCACCCACCUGUUGAGGUGGACGCGCAGACGGAGAGCAAUCAUGACACGGCGUUGACAGUCGCCUGUGCUGGUGGACAUGACGAGCUGGUCCAGAUGUUGCUGGAGAAGAGUGCAAACAUGGAACAUAAGGACAAAAAAGGUUUUACCCCUCUCAUCCUGGCAGCGACCGCUGGCCACUGCAAGACUGUCGAGAUUCUCCUUGACCAUGACUGUGACAUCGAAGCCCAGUCAGAGAGGACCAAGGACACCCCGCUCUCCCUGGCUUGCUCGGGAGGAAGAUACGAGGUGGUGGAUCUGUUGUUGGCCCGUGGAGCCAACAAGGAACACCGUAACGUGUCUGACUACACCCCACUCAGCCUGGCUGCUUCAGGAGGCUUUGUUAGUAUCAUCAAGCUGCUGCUCAGAUACGGAGCUGAGAUUAACUCCAGAACCGGCAGUAAGCUGGGCAUAUCUCCCCUGAUGCUGGCCGCAAUGAACGGCCACACCGCAGCAGUCAAACUCCUACUAGACAUGGGCAGUGACAUCAAUGCUCAGAUCGAGACCAAUCGUAACACAGCGCUGACCUUGGCAUGUUUCCAAGGUCGCACAGAGGUCGUGAGCCUGCUGGUUGAUCGCAAAGCUAACGUGGAACACAGGGCUAAGACGGGUCUGACCCCCCUCAUGGAAGCAGCUUCUGGCGGCUACGCAGAUGUAGGGGCGGUCCUAAUUGACAAAGGGGCGGACGUCAAUGCCGGUCCCGUACCUUCCUCCCGCGAUACCGCCUUGACCAUCGCAGCAGACAAGGGGCACUAUCGCUUUGUGGAGCUCCUGCUGGAACAUAUGGCUGCUGUGGAUGUCAAGAACAAAAAGGGCAAUUCUCCGCUAUGGCUGGCAUGCAAUGGUGGUCAUCUGGACGUGGUGCAGCGACUGAUCCAUGCAGGAGCCGACAUCGACAGCCAAGACAACCGCAAAGUCUCCUGCCUGAUGGCUGCAUUCAGAAAGGGGCACGUUAAAGUAGUACGAUGGAUGGUGCGCCACGUGAACCAGUUCCCCUCAGAUGCUGAGUGUAUGAGAUACAUAGCUACCAUCUCAGAUAAGGAGCUGUUGAAGAAGUGCCACCAGUGCAUGGAGAUCAUCGUAGCAGCAAAGGACCGACAGGCUGCGGAGGCCAACAAGAACGCUACUAACCUACUGGAAGAACUAGAGUCAGAAAAGACACGAGAGGAGAGCCGCAAAGCCCAGGCUGCCAAACGACGAGAGAAGAAAAAGAAGAAACGCAAAGAGAAGCAGCAGAAAGACGUUCCUGAUGACCCUGACCCAGAUAUGGACCAAGACCAGGAGAGAGAGGACAGUACACCAAGCCCUACCAUCAAUAUGGAAGAACCAGUCCCGUGGGAGCCUCCCUCAGCAACAACCACCACCACCAUCGGUAAAGUUUGCACCACCGACGUCCCGGCCAUCUACACCAUGCCAGGGCCCAAGAAGGGAAAGAACACCAAGCUAGUCCUUAGCAGCAACACCAGCGGCAGCAACAACUACAGUAGCAAUAGUAACAACAGCAGCAGCGGCAGUAAUGCAGUUAAGAACUUACCAGCGACAACCAACGGAACCAAAUCAGCUGUGGUCAGCUCACCUGCCACCUCUUCAAGUUCCAAAGAAACAGCGUCCAGCAGUGGUGACUCCAGGAAAGAUCGCGUCCGGGCUCGGGCCAAAUCCCGCGGCCAAGACCCCAAUGAAUCUGACAGCAGGAAGAGAGUACGUAACAGCCUGAUGGACACGGAGGAGAUGGACAGCAAGGAGUGUGUGGCUCCCAAAAAAGAAAGGGAAAGAGAUAAGGGGCGGGAUAAGGAGAGACGAAAGAAGGCGGGGAAAGAUGGCAAGCAUGCUGACCAUCCCUCUGACCACAGCCAUAGCAGUAAGAACUCUCCCAGAGGUGGCAGUGGAGACGUCACAGGUUCCCCUAAUCCCAAGAACCCACCAGGCACCGGAGCCAGCCCCAAGAGGGGACAGAAGAGGGACGAAGGAUGGAAGGAAGUUGUCAGAAGGUCCAUCUCCUCGUUCAGGUCCAAGAAAGUCAACGUCCCUGCAUCGGCAAUCAGUCGUCUGAUCGGUCGAGGAGGAUGCAACAUCAACGCCAUUCGGGAGGUGACUGGGGCUCACAUUGAUGUGGAUCGGCAGAACAAGGGCGGCGAGAGGACCAUUAACAUCAAGGGUUCUGCUGAUGCCACUCGCCAAGCCCAUCAGCUCAUAGCAGCCCUGAUCAAAGACCCAGAUCGUGACAUUGCUGACAUCCUACCAAAGGUCAAGAAGGUGACAUCCUCUCACCAGUCUUCAUCUAACACCGCCACCUUCACCAUCUCCAAUUCUCACUCAGCCACCAAGUCCGCAACGGCAACCUUGUCGGCUGUCAAGGUCUCAGCAAAAGGCAUGACCUCCGCCGACACCAAAGGGGUGAAUCUGUGGAUUCCGCAAUCAGGGGUUGUCCGUCCUCCCUUAUCCAUCGCCAACAGUGUGGCCCAUCACGCGCAAUUCUCCCAAGCAGUAUUUGCCAAGGCACUACAGCAGCCCUUGCAGUUCCGUGCUCCCGGAGCACCGCUGGCUCAGUUCCAGGGCGGGUUCCCUUUAACCCGCCAGGACUUAGCAGGAGGUACCAUCUCAGGCUGGGGUGCCAUCCCAGUCAGGAAUGUGGUACCUGUAUCGGGAGCUCCUAGACGUCCCAGUCCUAGUCAUCCAGGACCACGCUUCCCAACAGCCACUACAGCCACUGGAGGAAGUCCAUCUGCUGGAUCUGUCACCAUCACCAGUUCCGUCGGAUCGUCCCCCCGCUCGGCAGCAAGGCAGCUUUUCCCUCCUACAUCAUCCACAAGCGGUCCCACACCCGUCAGCAGUGCGGAGUACCAGCCAAUAACCCAAAGAUCCAGCUCCGCAACUGCCCCAUCAUCAUCAGCCUCGUUCGCCUCCAAGAUCUCUGACACCAAGAUGGCUAGCGUCAGACCUCAGAGUCUGAUGACCAUGGCGUCCAUGUCUCAACCUACAGUCACUGCUCCGACCACCAAGACAUCAGUUAUUGCCCGGCCACCUCAACCACGCCAACCAAACCCCACCCAGUCAGGCUAUCAGCAGGUCCAACACCAGCAACAGCCACCAGCACCACAACAGCAACAACAACAGCAGCAGCAACUAAGCCAAGCCAGUCGUACCAUCACUCCCUCCACCACCUCUACCACCACCACCUCCACCCAGUCCUACCCCAACUUCAAUUUCCUAACCCAGUCCCACAGCACCGGUUUCUGGGGCACGGGUGUGACCCAGCAUCCCAACCGACCUGAAGCAAAUGGCGAGUAUCGCCCUCCUACCCCACCCAGCGUCGAGAUGUCCAAAGCCCCUGGCUACAACCGCAACUCCCACAUGAAUCCCACCCCUCCACAACCGCUACAACCACCAGCAACCUCCAUCCCUAACCCGUAUUUCAACGCCCACAACUACCCAGUCCCGAACCCCCAAAAUUCCUUCACCCCCAACCAGCAGUUUGGUGUCAACAUCAAUCAGACCCUCCCCCCUGACCAACCUGAUUACCCCUCUCCAAUUGGCUCUACCCUCAACGCAAAUGCCCGUCAGUUUACCCCCAUCGCUAACCCCAACCCCUCCCCUACCCCACCCAACACCAUGAUGUCUAGCAGCAGCUCGCCCAUAUCCCCUGGAGCCUCACCUCGUUCAGCAACUACUACGCCUAGUCCGGUCACCAUGGCAACUGACCAGCCUCCGGCCCCGCCUCCAGCAGCCAUUGGUCAAGAUCGUCGCUUACCAAUUCCCAUUGGCAAUGAGCGUAGUCGCGUGCAGCGCAAGACACCUGUCAACUUUGUUGGUGUCCCUGUUGGUGAUCUUGGUAAUCCUGUUGGUACACCGGGGAAUAGCAUCUGGGCUUACACACCAGGGAGCGGUGGUGACUGGAUCCCAAGUACCAACUUGGAGGACUUACCAGGCACAGCAGCUAACGGGAUGCCUAACUUCCCCCAUGAGGCACCGCCGAGAGAGGACAGCUUCCAAAUGCACAUGACACCUGUCAGUCCAUAUGGUGAGCAACACGAGCCAAUGUCCGGCAUGCAUCAUAACAUGGCCAUGGGCGAUGUGGGAGGGGUGCCAGCUCAUGGAAUGGCAGAAGCGGUCUGGAACCCUGGAGCCACCAUGCAACUUGAUGGCACAAAUCCAAAGGUGUGGGGAGCAUGGAGCCAGUCUGCAAUGUGACAUGAGGUCACUUCUCCAUCCGCUGCCAUAGAGGGCGCUGUUUGGCACAGCCAGGGCAUACACCAGAGAUAGUCGAGUUAAGUUUUCUUAGAUGCUCAGCAGCCGUCCUGUAAUGCUAUCUGGUUUGUUGUCUAACCCGCCAAACAUUUCAAAUGACAAUUAGGAGAAAUUAAAAAAAAUUGAACGAGCCUUGAGAGAAAAAUUCUCAUCGAUUCUAUGAAAUUUAAAAUUAUAAAAGGCUAUUAAGUAAUUUUUGGUUGUGCAUCAUUCAAAGUAUACGCAUUAAAAAUUUUGUUUUUGAAACAAUGAAUACGUGCAAAACCUUUUUCAUAUUUUUUUUUAUAUUUGACAUUUUUGUAUCUGAAAAGAAGACGGGCUACUCACACUAAAAAUUGUCAUUUGUGUUGAAAUCUAAUUUUAUUUUUUAUUUUGGGAAGUUGGACGACGGAUUCAGGUUAGACACAUUCCAGUUAAGCAUUAGAGGAUGCACUGUUAUGGCUUUGGAUGGGUACCUUUAUGGAUUUGUAUUUGAGGUCAGUAUCUAUGAGACAGGGCACCAGCCUUGUCUCCCAACUAUUUAACCGUUUAUCCCAAUGUUCCCAGUAUGUUAGAUAAACACGAUAGUCGAAUUCACAUUUCUUGAGUGAUUUUUAUAGCGAAUCUCACAAAUUUUACUAGAAUUGUUAAACAAAAAUCCACCCAACCCCUCAAUACCAGAGUAGAGAAUGAUAUUUGUAGCAAUGAUUUUUUGUUUUUAUUUUGGGGCUGUGUAUGGAAUUAAUGAGUAUGACCUUUGACCUUAAGUAGUCGAAGCAAGUGGCCACUGGAACAUUUAAUGUGACUUUUAUUUUAUUCCGAAUUAGACAAAAAUGAAACUGCCUUUCCGACAACAAACUUGUCCCCUCUUAUGUUAAUGAGACCCGCCAAAACUUGUAGCAAGUAUUGGAAGAGAAUGUUCCAUUAUGAGAUUAGAGGGGUGAUCACUUUGAUGCAAGGCAAUUAGACUGUUUUGUUGAUUGAUAAAUGUAAUAGACAAAAAAUGUGACCUAAAAGUGAUUCAUUGAAUGCAUAAAAAAAUUGUCUCACUUGAGAUGUUUUAUGUGUCAGUUUUACUUUUGUUUAUGAAGCUUUACAAAAAGACGAACACUUCAAAAAUCGCCCGGAAAGAAUAAACUCUUUCAAAACGGGGAUUAUUUCUUGAGUUCAAAACUUGUCAGUUGAAGACGAUGUUUCGUUAAAUAUGUACGUUACUAGUACGGAAGCAUCCAUCUUUAAAAAACGUAGUAUUGUGAUUGGUUCGUGCAUUACAUUGUAAACAAAGCGUGGCUUGCCCGCUUGGAUGUUGGCAUGUAUUAUGCUUUUGACGAAGGCACAGCAUUAAAUUAAGGUCAGUGAGCCUGUUUGACCUUUGA